CUCUCAAGAGAAUGAAGGCCGAGAACCCCAACGAGGGCUCGGCCAUUGAGGAGGGCGUCGACACACACUCGCAGAACACGGUGCACGCCCGUCUGCGCGCCAACUCUUCGGUCAUGAAGGCCAAGAAGAUCUUGGUCGCCAACCGUGGAGAAAUCCCCAUCCGUAUCUUCCGUACCGCACACGAGCUCUCGCUACAGACGGUAGCCGUGUACAGUCACGAGGACCGUCUGUCGAUGCACAGACAAAAGGCCGAUGAAGCCUAUGUCAUUGGCAAGAGAGGAGAGUACACACCCGUUGCUGCUUACCUUGCGAGCGACGAGAUUGUCAAGAUCGCCAAGGCACACAAUGUUAACCUCAUUCACCCUGGUUAUGGUUUCUUGAGCGAGAACGCCGAAUUUGCUCGCAAGGUCGAAGCCGCUGGCAUGAUUGUAAGUCCACCAAGGCCUCAGAAGAGCCACACUGACAGCCUCUCUCUANNGUUCGUUGGUCCCACCCCUGACACCAUCGACGCCCUCGGUGACAAGGUUUCAGCCCGUGAGCUUGCCAUCAAGUGCAAGGUUCCUGUCGUCCCCGGUACCGACGGCCCUGUCGAGAAGUUUGAAGAGGUCAAGGGCUUUACCGACAAGCACGGCUUCCCCAUCAUCAUCAAAGCUGCCUUUGGUGGUGGUGGUCGUGGUAUGAGAGUCGUCUGGAAGCAGGAGGAGCUCAAGGAGGCCUUCGAGCGUGCCACAUCCGAGGCCAAGUCUGCCUUUGGUAACGGCACUGUCUUCGUCGAGCGCUUCCUGUACCGUCCCAAGCACAUUGAAGUCCAGCUUCUGGGUGACAGCCACGGCAACGUCGUCCACCUGUUCGAGCGUGACUGCAGUGUCCAGAGACGUCACCAGAAGGUCGUUGAACUUGCCCCUGCAAAGGAUUUGCCCGAGGAGACCCGCCAGGCCAUCCUGAACGAUGCUGUUGCUCUGGCCAAGUCGGUCAACUACCGCAACGCUGGUACCGCAGAGUUCUUGGUUGACCAGGAGAACCGCCACUACUUCAUCGAAAUCAACCCCAGAAUCCAGGUCGAGCACACCAUCACCGAAGAAAUCACCGGUAUCGAUAUCGUUGCUGCUCAGAUCCAGAUCGCUGCAGGUGCCUCGCUCGAGCAGCUCGGUCUGACCCAGGACCGCAUCUCAGUCCGUGGUUUCGCCUUCCAGUGCCGUAUCACUACCGAGGAUCCUAGCAAGGGCUUCUCACCCGACACUGGCAGAAUUGAGGUUUACCGCUCGGCUGGUGGAAAUGGUGUUAGAUUGGACGGAGGUAACGGAUUUGCGGGCGCCGUCAUCACCCCCCACUACGAUAGCAUGCUUGUCAAGUGCUCAUGCCGUGGCUCGACGUACGAGAUCACCCGCAGAAAGAUGCUCCGCGCCUUGGUCGAAUUCAGAAUCCGCGGUGUCAAGACCAACAUUCCCUUCUUGGCAUCUCUCCUCACCCACCCUACCUUCAUUGCCGGCGAGUGCUGGACCACAUUCAUCGAUGAUACCCCUGAGUUGUUUGCUCUGGUGAACAGCCAAAACCGUGCCCAGAAGCUGCUCGGUUACCUUGGUGAUCUCGCUGUCAACGGCAGUCAGAUCAAGGGUCAGAUUGGUGAGCCCAAGUUCAAGGGUGAUAUCAUCAUUCCCACUCUUCACGAUGCGCAGAAGAAUGUCCUCGAUGUUUCAGAGCCUUGCAAGCAGGGUUGGAGAAGCAUCAUUGUGGAACAGGGUCCUGCAGCUUUCGCCAAGGCCGUCAGAGCCAACAAGGGCUGCUUGAUCAUGGACACCACAUGGAGAGAUGCCCACCAGUCUCUUCUUGCCACCAGAGUCCGUACUGUCGACUUCCUCAACAUCGCCAAGGAAACCAGCCACGCUCUCAGCAACGCAUGGGCUCUUGAGUGCUGGGGUGGUGCCACUUUCGAUGUCGCCAUGCGCUUCCUCUACGAGGAUCCCUGGGACAGACUGCGCAAGAUGAGAAAGCUUGUGCCCAACAUUCCUUUCCAGAUGCUCCUCCGUGGUGCCAACGGUGUUGCUUACUCAUCGCUUCCCGACAACGCCAUUACCCACUUCUGUGAGCAAGCAAAGAAGAAUGGCGUUGACAUUUUCCGUGUCUUUGAUGCUUUGAACGAUGUUGAGCAACUUGAGGUUGGUGUCAAGGCCGUCCUCAAGGCUGGUGGUGUUGCUGAGGGAACUGUCUGUUACUCUGGUGACAUGCUUAACCCCAGCAAGAAGUACAACCUCGAGUACUACAUGGGUGUUGUCGAGAAGAUUGUCAACAUGGGUGCUCACAUUCUUGGUAUCAAGGACAUGGCUGGUGUCUUGAAGCCCAGGGCGGCCACCAUGCUGAUCGGCUCAAUCAGAAAGAAGUACCCCGACCUACCUAUUCACGUACACACUCACGACUCGGCUGGUACCGGUGUUGCUUCAAUGGUCGCUUGCGCUCAGGCUGGUGCUGAUGCUGUUGACGCCGCCACUGACAGCAUGUCGGGUAUGACCUCUCAACCCAGCAUUGGUGCUCUCGUUGCAUCUCUCGAGGGCAGCGAGUUCGACCCCGGUCUUGACCCUCACCACCUGAGAAUGAUCGACCACUACUGGGCUCAGCUGCGUCUCCUCUACUCACCCUUCGAGGCUGGUCUUACUGGUCCUGACCCUGAGGUCUACGAGCACGAGAUCCCCGGUGGUCAACUUACCAACCUCAUCUUCCAGGCCUCUCAGCAAGGUCUCGGUGAGCAGUGGGCACAGACCAAGAAGGCUUACGAGCAAGCCAACGACCUGCUCGGCGAUAUCGUCAAGGUCACUCCUACCUCCAAGGUUGUUGGAGAUCUUGCCCAGUUCAUGGUCAGCAACAAGCUGAGCUACAACGACGUUCUCGAGAAGGCCGAGCAGCUAGACUUCCCCUCAUCCGUCCUUGAAUUCUUCGAAGGUCUCAUGGGUCAGCCCUACGGUGGAUUCCCCGAGCCUCUUCGUACCAAGGCUCUGCGUGAGCGCAGAAAGAUGGACAAGAGACCUGGUCUCUAUCUCGAGCCCGUUAACUUCGACGAGGUCCGCAACAAGCUCAAGGAACAGUUCGGUGGUUACACUGAGACUGACGUUGCCUCAUACAUGAACGGUGAAGUGCGUCAAGUCACUGUUGACGACAACCACGCCGCCGUUGAGAACAAGUCGCGCAAGAAGGCCGACCUUGGUGACAGCAGCCAAGUCGGUGCCCCCAUGAGUGGUGUCGUUGUCGAGCUCAGAGUCAAGGAGGGUAGCGAGGUCAACAAGGGUGACCCGAUUGCCAUCCUGAGUGCCAUGAAGAUGGAGAUGGUCAUCAGUGCACCUCACUCUGGUAAGGUCGGCGAGCUCAGUGUCAAGGAGUCGGACUCUGUCGACGGCCAGGACCUCAUUUGCAAGAUUGUCAAA